AUGAUGCAAGAGAAAAAUAUCCGAUUUGCGGUGUUCAAGCCUCAGAUGCUCGAAGACUUUCAAAAGCAGAAAAUCAAAACUUAUUUUCCGGAAAACUCAAUGGUGAUCCCGGAGUUAGAUUGCUAUUUGGAUGCCAUCAAUGUUAUCUACACCAUUGAUGGGCUUGAAAAUCCGAUGUAUGUCAAGUCAAACGCCGCUUCCGAUUUCCCGAGAGCCAUGAUGAAACAGGCGAAAAUUGUCUGUUUCAUUCGCUCCGGAAUGGAGAUCUUCAAAACCAGCUUCGCAGGGAUCCCAAUUGAACUGCAUCACAAUUCGGCUGGGUACAAGCUCUCCAAGACUUGGCAAGAUGAGCAUGGAGGAAUUAUGAGCCUUCGUUCGAACAUCGAUUCAAAAGAGCAUCGAAUCUUCAUCGAAUGGGUACCACCAAUGGAUUGGAGAACCAGAGACAAGGGACACCCAGACAAAACUGAAAAAGAUCUGAUAGAUAAAAUCAGUGGCACUCCAGGAGUCUUGAGUCACAAUUUGUUCGGCGAGAAGAAAUGCCACUUCAUCGAAAACGGAGACAACUUCAAAAUGACCUAUAGAGGACCUGCCAAAGGAUUCAAUGGGACUGUAUUUGUCUGA